CAUACCACCUCGCCGCUUUCCCUUUCUCCCCUGCGCUCUCACGUCAAACGGUUUCCUCCCCCUCUCAUCUCCUCUUUAUCUUUUGUUCUUUUGUGCGGCUGCUUUUCCAUUUCCGCCCACAUCGCCUUCUACCUCUCGCACUCCGCUAGCUAAGCUCGCUUGCUUCCACUCCAGCUAGCCAGCGAGCGAGCGAGCGAGCUCACCUUCUACUCCACUCCUCGCGCCGUACUCUCCAUGCCCUCGUCUUGAAGCAAGGUCGGCAGUGGCAGUCUUUGUCCGGGGAGGCGGAAGCUUUCUUGGGUUUUUCUUUGAGGCGGCUGCAUUGUUUGUGAUUCUUGGGCGAUGGAGAAGGAGAGGAAGCAGGGGUUCUUCGCGGCGCUGAAGGAGGAGGUGGUGCGCGGGCUGUCGCCGGCGAGGUCGCGGGGGAAGUCGCCGGCGAGGAGCGCGUCGCCGGGGAGGAUGCUGAUCCCGCGCCGCCGCAAGGAGAAGCAGCAGCAGCCGCCGCCGGAGAAGCUGCUGCAGCAGUACUUCGCGGAGCCGCUCAUCUCGCGGUCGGGGAGCCUGCGGCCCGGAGGGGAGGCCCUCGCGCCCCUCAUUGAGGGGCCCGACCCGGAGCGCCUCGCCGCCGGGGGGGACUUCGCCGGCGGGGAGGAGUCGGCGCGGCGGGAGGGGUUCGGCCGAUGGGUCCGCGGCCAGCUGGCGCGCACGCCGUCCGUGGCGUCGUCCGCCGCCGCCGCCGCCGCCGCCAGUCCCGGGGGUUCGGGCGACUCGUUCCGCCGCUCCGACCUCCGCCUCCUCCUCGGCGUCAUGGGCGCGCCGCUGGCCCCCAUCCCUUCGAAGCUAGCAGAUCCCCUGCCUCUCCUCUCCAUCAAGGGGACCCCCAUUGAGUCGUCGUCGGCGCAGUACAUCCUGCAGCAGUACAUGGCGGCGUCGGGCGGCUACCGGCUGCUGCAGUCGGUGCGGAACGCGUACGCCAUGGGCAAGGUGCGGAUGGUGGCGUCCGAGUUCGAGACCGCGACGCGCGUCGUCAAGAACCGCGGGCCCAGCGGCCGCGGCGCCGCCUCCGUCGAGCAGGGGGGCUUCGUCCUCUGGCAGAUGGCGCCCGACAUGUGGUACGUCGAGCUCGCCGUCGGCGGCAGCAAGGUGCACGCGGGAUCCAACGGCCGCCUCGUCUGGCGCCACACGCCGUGGCUCGGCGCCCACGCCGCCAAGGGCCCCGUGCGCCCGCUCCGCCGCGUCCUCCAGGGGCUCGAUCCGCUGACGACGGCGGGGCUGUUCGCGGAGGCGCGGUGCGUCGGCGAGAAGAAGGUGAACGGCGAGGACUGCUUCAUCCUCAAGCUGUCGGCCGACCCGCAGACGCUGAAGCAGCGGAGCGAGGGGCCGGCGGAGAUCAUCCGGCACGUCCUGUUCGGCUACUUCAGCCAGCGCACCGGCCUGAUCGUGCACAUCGAGGACUCCCACCUCACCCGCAUCCAGCCGCACUCCGGCGGCGACGCCGUCUACUGGGAGACCACCAUCAGCUCCGCGCUGGAGGACUACCGCCCCGUCGAGGGCAUCAUGAUCGCGCACGCGGGGCGCUCCGCCGUCACGCUGUUCCGCUUCGGCGAGGCCGCCAUGAGCCACACCAAGACGCGGAUGGAGGAGGCCUGGAGCAUCGAGGAGGUGGCGUUCAACGUCCCCGGCCUGUCCGUCGACUGCUUCAUCCCGCCCGCCGACAUCCGCUCCGGCCCCGUCGGCGAGUCCUGCGAGCUGCCGCCGCCGGCCGCGGCGCCGCACGGCGAGCGCGCCAGGCACCCGGCGCGCGUCGCCGCCGUGGACCGCGCGCCUCCCCACCACAAUGCCGGCGGCGCCAACGUCGGCCGCCGCGGCGACAAGAUCAUGUGGAGAGUGGAAGUGUGACGGCGAGGCUGUUAGUGUUGUUGUUUACUAUAGCUAGUAGCUGCAUUUCUUGGAGUGAAAUUAAACCAAAGCCCAAAAAAUUGUUCAUACCAGUAGAGUUUAAUCCUCCUCAUUUCCAAAUGAGCAAGUAUAUUCAGCAAAUAUUAGCUACUCCUAGCUGCCUCUACUUCAAUUUUCCACCGUGAAAUCUGUAAAUAGGAGCAUAAAUGUUCUUCACUCUCAUCAGGCCACUCGUGUUUCCUCACUUUUAUGGCCUCUGAGAUGGAUCUUUUAUCCUCUGAAUGCAGAAGUUUUUAGUGUAACCUUUUUUACUGAACCCCUACUACUCCUCUUGUAGGCCUUCAGAAAAAUCAGAGCUGUACUAAUUUGAGAUCACCUGACCUUUCAUGUUACUGCAAA